GAUGUAUUCAGCAACAGGAUUAAGAGUUGGAUUUGGUAUAGGAAAUGAAGAUAUAAUAAAAGCAAUGAAGGCUGCUUAAACUUAUCAUAUAUUUUGUUUAAAUCCAAUAAUUUAAACAGCAACAGCAAGAUGUUUAGAUUAAACAAUUGAUGGAAUUUAUUUUAAUACUAUCUCCAAAUUAUAUGAAUAAUAAUCAAAUAAAUUGUUGUAAGGAUUAAUAUAAAGUAAAUUGAAUUUUAAUUAUUGGAUUCCAUCUGGUGGAUAUUUUAUUGUUACUGAUAUCUAAAAUAUAGAAAUACCUUAAAAAUAUUUUAUUUAAAAUGGGAUUUAGGUUACUAGAGAUUUUGCAUUUGUUCAUUAUAUGAUUAAUGAAUUUGGUGUUGUUUGUAUUCCUUGUUCUCCUUACUAUGAAAACAAAGAAAUAGGCCAAAAUCUUGUUAGAUGGGCAUUUUGUAAGACCGAUGAGACUCUUUUAGAAGCAAUCCAUCGUCUUAAAUGA